GUAUUUGUGUUUUGUCCAUGGUUUACGUCUGGAAAAAAAGAUGUAAAUUAAACGUACAAUGACGCUUUUUUAAUAAAAUUGUUUUACAAUGAUUGUAACAAUAAUAUAAACUAUUUAAAUUUUUAAAAGUGAUGUUAAAAGACAAAAUAAUGGAGUCAGAAACCGAUAUAAGAAAACCCCGCAUGGAAAAUCAUAACCAACUAAUUCAAGAAUAUGCCGAUAUUGUAGAAUCUCUGAAGGAAGAAUUAGACGUUUGUAAGACCGAACAGAUUGAAUUACGACGUGAACUUGAAAUACUUCGCACUGAAAGUAAAAAUACAAGUGACAUUGCACGAGAUUGUUUUGCACGUUGUCAAUCGGAAACAUGUAAUGGAAAUCUUCCCGAUAAAGAAAUAUUAGAGAAUCUCGAGAAACGUCUCACCGUUAUACAAAUGGAAAAAGAUUCAAUGUUUCAACUUUGGCAAAUGUCAUUGAAAGCAAUAGAUGUUCUUGAAGAGGAGCUAAAAACAUUUCAAAAAGAUGGCAAAGGCUCAAAAUUUUAUGAAGAUCAAGUGAACAAUGUUAAACAAUCUUAUUCUGACGCCAUUAAUAUUCUCGAGGGUAAAUUAAUUCAAGCCAAAGAAAAUUUCAUGAAACACCAAAUCCUCUGGGAAUCGAAUAAAGAGAAAUUUGAAGAAUUAAAAAAGGACAAAGAAGAUCUUCAAAAGCAAAUUACUCAACAAGAGCGUGAAAUCCUUGAUUUGGAGAGAGCCAAUCAAAAGACUGUAGAUUCUUUAAAUGUAGAAUUAAAUAAAAUGAAAAAUGAAUGUGAAAAAUUAAAACAAAUCAAUUCUGAUUUAGAGAGAAAAUUAAGUGAUUCUCAAAAAUUUACUAAUAAUGUACUCGCGAAAGAUUGUGAAGCUAAAAGUAAAGUAUGCGAAGCAAUUGAAUUAGUUGAAUCUGCAGUGAGAGAAAAAGAAUUGUCCCUUCAACGUGAAGCACGAAUUUCCGAUGAAAAAACAAAAUUAGAAGCACGUUUAAAUACAAUCACUGAAGAAUAUACAAUUUCUUUAGAAAAAGAAGUUAACAAAGUUAAAGAUGAAUUUGAGAGAAAUAUCAAGAAAUAUUAUUUGGAAUUAAAAGAAUUAAAAGUUGAAAUGAGACAAAAAGAAACUCUUCUUGAUAGAGGACAAAGAGAAUGUAGAUUACUCGAAGAGGAAUUAAAUAAAAUGCGUCAUGGUUCCGAUGAUUAUUUACAUCAAUCAAAUUCAAAAAUUUUAGAUUUAGAACAAAAAUUAAAAGACUCUGAAUUAAAAUUAAAAGACGCGGAAUAUAAAUUACAUUCGUGUGAAGAAAUUUACAAGAAAAAAUACAGUGAAAAGAAUGAAAAUCUCGAACAAAGAAUUAUUGAAUUAGAACAAAGUUUAUCGACUUCUGGAUUACAUGAUUUAUUUCCACAGGCAAAGAAUUGUAGAGAUUUGGAAAAUCGUAUGAAGGAAUCCAAUGAAUCUUUAAACAGAUAUUUGAAUUUAGAAAAGCGUCUAGAGAGAGUACUCGAAGAAAAGGAGAAUUUAUCAAAGGAAUUGCGUUCAUUGCAAGCAAUGUUCGAUCGUGAAAUGCAAAUUCGGGAACAAGAUAGAAGAGUUGUGGAAAAUAAAGUCAGUGAUCUACAAGAGGAUCUACGAAAAGCAACCAAUUCGAAAACAGACGAUGGAAUCGAAAAACGAAUAGAAAAAAUAUCCCAUGUAAACACGGAUUUACGAUUAAAAAUGCUUCAGGAGAAAUUCGAUGAAAAAACUAAAGAAUUAACUCAACUUGUAGAAAUUCAUCAACAACUUAGUAAUAGAUGGAAAAAUGAGGCGAAAUCACUCACAGCUAAAUUUCAAAUACGAUCCAAAGAAUUAAGGAGUAAAAUUAAUGCUCUACGAAAAGAAAAUGAUAAUUUGAAUAAAGAAUUACUAUCAUGUCGUGAACAUUUAGUGAGAUGUCGAGUUCAAGCCAUUCAUAGAUUCGAUCAUGGAGAUGACAAUAGAUGACACUAUUCACAAGAAAUAAAAAUUCCGUCCAUAAAAACUGUACAUAUUUCGUUAACAAAAUUAUUAUUAUUAUUAUUUUAUUGUGAAAAUACAAUUUCGUACAGUUCAAAA